AUGGCGACAACCGCGGCCGUCCGGCCUUCGGUCGGCCGAGUACUACAUGCCAUUGCGAACCGGCAUGCGGCGAACACGGCUGUCCUCGCGACCCUUUCGGUAGGACCAAGUCCUCAGAGCCGCUCGUUCUCCUCGACCUCAGAGCGAUGCAUGCGCAAGCCCCGCCGCGAUAACAACCGAUUGCGCGGGUUGAGUAGUAUAUACCGGUCCGGUCCGCGAUUUCGAAUGAAUAUCGGCCAGGACCAAAUACCACAGCCGGUGGAGGGGUUCAAGCCCCAGGUCAAGGUCGACCCGAACCACGGGUUAUGGGAAUUCUUCUACUCGAAGAAGAAACUGCUGCUGACGCCCGAGGAGGACGCCAAGCACGGGCGCGCGUGGAGCGUCGAGGAGCUACGUCACAAGAGCUGGGAGGACCUCCAUAAGCUGUGGUGGGUUUGCGUCAAGGAGCAGAACCGCAUCGUGACCGCGCAGAAGGAGAAGACCCGUAUGAGGCUGUGGGGUGGAAAAGAAGAGACUGCGGAGAGGCUACAUGAGGUUCGCAGGACCAUGCAGUCGAUCAAGCACGCGCUGACGGAACGAUUCUACCUGUGGGAGGACGCCAGGAGGCUGGCGGAAACAGACCCGGAGAUCGAUCUCAAUUCUACGGACCGCCCCUACAACCCUAGCACCUACGUCGACGAAGUCGCGGCGACGACCGAAGGAUCGGAAGCGGCACAGGACGGGCGAGAGAGCUUGCCUGGACCGGAGGAGGGACCGGAGGAGGGACCGGAGGGGGGAUCCAAGGCGUCGGCGGCUGCUGAGGAAGUCGACCCGUCGACGCUUCCGCCGCCGAGCUCAAACACCCAACAGCCAUCUACGCGGCCAUGA